CUGUGGUGGCUCAGGAUAGGAGCAGCCAUGUCACCAUUUCUUCGAAUCGGCCUGUCCAACUUUGACUGUGGGUCCUGCCAGGCUUGCCAGGGCGAGGCCGUUAACCCCUACUGCGCCGUGCUGGUCAAGGAGUUUGUGGAAUCAGAGAAUGGGCAGAUGUACGUCCAGAAAAAGCCCACCAUGUACCCGCCCUGGGACAGCACCUUUGAUGCCCACAUCAACAAGGGGAGGGUGAUGCAGAUCAUCGUGAAGGACAAAAACGUGGACCUCAUAUCUGAGACCACUGUGGAGCUGUGCUCGCUGGCCGAGAGGUGCAGGAAGAACAACGGGAAGACGGAGAUAUGGUUAGAGCUGAAACCUCAAGGCCGAAUGCUAAUGAGAUCCCGUCAUUUUUUACCUCAAUCAGACACAAAGGACUUGAGUGAAUUCGAGACCGAAGGCUUCUUUGCGCUGCAUCACCGCCGGGGGGCCAUCAAACAGGCCAAAGUCCACCACGUCAAGUGCCACGAGUUCACCGCCACCUUUUUCCCACAGCCCACGUUCUGCUCCGUCUGCCACGAGUUUGUCUGGGGCCUGAACAAACAGGGCUACCAGUGUCAACAAUGCAACGCAGCAAUCCACAAGAAGUGCAUUGAUAAAGUUAUAGCUAAGUGCACAGGAUCCGCCGUCAACAGCCGAGAAACCAUGUUCCACAAGGAGAGAUUCAAAAUCGACAUGCCGCACAGAUUCAAAGUGUACAGCUACAAGAGCCCCACCUUCUGCGAGCACUGUGGGACGCUGCUGUGGGGGCUGGCGCGGCAGGGGCUCAAGUGUGACGCAUGUGGCAUGAACGUACACCACAGGUGCCAGACGAAGGUGGCCAACCUUUGCGGCAUAAACCAGAAGCUAAUGGCUGAGGCCCUGGCGAUGAUCGAGAGCACCCAACAGGCUCGCUGCUUAAGAGACACCGAACAGAUCUUCAGAGAAGGCCCAGUUGAAAUUGGCCUCCCGUGCUCCAACAAAAGUGAAGUGAGGCCGCCAUACCUACCCACACCUGGAAAGAGAGGUAGCCGUCCCGGCCCGUGGUUGAAUCAAUGUCAGCAAUUAGUCUUCCUAGCAGAGUUCAAGAAGACCAAUCAAUUUUUUGCAAUAAAAGCCCUAAAGAAAGACGUGGUCUUGAUGGAUGACGACGUGGAGUGCACAAUGGUGGAGAAGAGAGUCCUCUCGCUGGCCUGGGAGCACCCGUUCCUGACGCACAUGUUCUGCACCUUCCAGACCAAGGAAAAUCUCUUUUUUGUGAUGGAGUAUCUCAACGGAGGAGACUUAAUGUACCACAUCCAAAGCUGUCACAAGUUCGAUCUCUCCAGAGCCACGUUUUAUGCUGCCGAAAUCAUUCUCGGUCUGCAGUUCCUCCACUCCAAGGGAAUCGUCUACAGGGACCUGAAGCUGGACAACAUCCUGCUGGACAAAGACGGACACAUCAAGAUAGCGGACUUCGGGAUGUGCAAGGAGAACAUGCUGGGAGACGCGAAGACGAACACCUUCUGCGGGACGCCGGACUACAUCGCCCCCGAGAUCCUGCUGGGUCAGAAAUACAACCACUCCGUGGACUGGUGGUCCUUCGGCGUUCUGCUGUACGAGAUGCUCAUCGGGCAGUCGCCCUUCCACGGGCAGGACGAGGAGGAGCUCUUCCACUCCAUCCGCAUGGACAGCCCCUUCUACCCGCGCUGGCUGGAGAAGGAGGCCAAGGACCUUUUGGUGAAGCUCUUCGUGCGAGAACCCGAGAAGAGGCUGGGGGUGCGGGGAGACAUCCGCCAGCACCCUUUGUUCCGGGAGAUCAACUGGGAAGAACUGGAGCGGAAGGAGAUUGACCCACCUUUCCGGCCUAAAGUGAAAUCCCCAUACGACUGCAGCAACUUCGACAAGGAAUUCUUAAACGAGAAGCCCCGGCUGUCGUUUGCGGACCGAGCCCUGAUCAACAGCAUGGACCAGAACAUGUUCAGGAACUUUUCCUUCGUCAACCCGGGCAUGGAGCCGCUCAUCUCCUGAACCUGGCCUCCCCCGGGGACUGGAAGCCGGGAUUCCCUUUUCAAUUUGGGAAAGAACAGAAAACACUCAACAAUGAAGGCUGAGACCCGUUACCUCCUGGCCAGACCGUUCACCUGUAGCAGAAACCAACUCUACUUCACUAAUGACCACGCCCUGCGUCGUGGCUCCCGCCACGUUCCCCGGACACUCCCCAGGUCAGGCCGAGACUCACCCUAGCCGUUUACUUGAACCCUGGUUCCCCGCACUGGGAAAUUCGAAAACUCGACACGGCUCUCAACGGUGGCUCUUCACCUGGGGCCCCAACUGCCGGGUAGUGACAGGCUCUGCAGACGGAGGAGCAAACUGAAAACAGAUGCCUCCAGACUGCAACAGCCUGGCGUACGGGGUGGCCCGUCCCACGUGGCCUCGGACAAGUAACCGCUCACCCGUUUUAUCCUGUUUCUAUCUGUGGACGUGUAAGUGGCUAGGGGGGACAGCCCCAAAUAGGUUUUUAUGGGAAUUCUUCACAAUAAACAUAGCUUGUAACUUGAGAUUCACAAAUCCAUUCAUUCUCAUUAGCCGUGAAAUUCCCGGGAAAGAGGAGAAAUGGAAAGAUGGGAAAAGCUUCCCCAAUUGGGAAGUUUGGCUAGAACACCUUACGCUGGUUCUCUUGUCAAGAGAGACCUCAAAUGUAGAGUUCAACCAAGAUAGUGUCACUUCACUCUUGGCAGGAAAACCUUUCCCUCCAUCCAUCCAUUGCUCUUUGACUUCCAUAGUAGCCCGGUCAUUCAUUACCGUCCUCGCAUUAUAACAAGAAAAGAAAAAGUGCGUAAUUCUUCGGAGAGGAAAGAAAACCAACCCCUGGUCAUACCAUGAUUGACGAGUUGAUGACUCAUAAACCCCUCCUGAGGCAUCAUUCAAGACAAAUGCCCCGCACCUGCUACUGGCAGUGGUCAAUCGCGUUGAAUUAGAAAAUUCUAAAUAUGUGUUUUUAAAGUAUCUGUGCUGUUUGUAUAUUUUGAUAAAAUGUUGUGACUUAAUGGCAAAGAGGUGGAUGUGUACAAAUGGAAUAAAAGAAAAAAACAAAAACAAA